AAAAAUAGGGCUGUUUGGCGAUCCGGGGACUUCUCGAAACACCGAACACAUCAUCAGCCUCUUGCUUCCUUUUCUGCUGCCAAUUUCUAUCGCUACGACCCGGGUCUCACUUGACACCCGUCUUGCCGAAAGCCAACGAAAAAGCGGCGUCCUCCCCCGCUCAAUUCCGAUACACCGUUCACAGGCCGUUGGAUUGACCCAGGUAGUCCGAUCCGGGGCGGCUCCCGUUUGUUCCAACGCCGGCUGUCGUUUGCUCGACAGACCAACCGAAACCACCGAGACAAACGCCAUUAUACAACAUCCACCUUCCCAAUUACGGCUGCGAUUAUCUAGACAGCGCUUGCGCAUUUAUGACCCAAGAAGAUGCACAUACUCUGGGCGCCACACCCGACAACAUGGAAGAAAAGCGCACAACAGACGCCGACGCGGCCGAGCCAAUUGCGAAACCGGAACUAGUCAGCCACAGUCCGGCCCUCCCGAGCCCGCAAGAGGAGGAGGAUUUCAAGGCCAAGAUCUUCCAAUUCCUUGCGACUGCCACCCCCGGUACUCUGGGGGGAGUCGCUGCGGCCCUUGCGGCCGUCACUUACUUCAUACUCGGCCAGAUUGGCCUUGUCUUGAUCGGCGCAUUCGGAGGCAUAUUGUUGUUCGUGCAGUGGGAGCAGCGGAACGCCGAGGUUUCCCGUAUCGUUCAGGGGGAGAGGGGUAUUGAUAUUCUGGCGAGACUGCUCGAUGCGAGAAAGGGCCAGGGGACGGCGUCGCCGGGCGCUCUGGGCGCAGACGACCAGCAAGAGAUGUGGGACCGCGCCUUUGACGAAUUCGAGCCUGAGACCCGCGAGGCGCUGGACGGGCUUGUCGACGCCGUUGUUCGCGACUACAUCAAGUGGUGGUAUGCGCCGAUUGUGCCCUCGGACAAGUUCUUCCCCUUGGCUUGCCGCAAAACUCUCACCUCGUUUAUCUCAACCGUCGCCGGCCACCUGAGUAGGAAGCGGCCGGUAGACGCCUUCUUGGACUUUCUUACCAAUUCGUCUUCCAUCGUCAUCGUCUUCUUCUCCGAGCUGUCGAAUGUCUUUUCUGAAUUGCCCUCGGAGUCCAAGCUGCCAGCGUCAGACGCCGUGUACAACUACCUGGUUGCGCAUCCCGACUCGAACCUGUCCAACCUUCUGAACGAGAGGCAACAGGCCGGCAAGUUUAGAAUGGUUGCCGAAGAUAUACUGGGUUUCUUGGAUAAAACAACGUACGAAUGCGAUCCCGCCAAGGUCUUUUUGAGAGAGAUUCUGGCCGGGGUCGUUCUAGAAAAGACGCUCCAGACAUGUUCAAAGCCCGAGUGGAUCAACUCGUGGAUAGUUCACCUGCUAGAGGCAGGGGAGCCCGACUUUAGUCAAGUUAUCGACGAGGGAAUGCAAACGCGGCCGUCGACAGAUAUUACCUUUGCCGAUAUAGACGGCAACGUGGGUAAUAUCGGCCUUACCAAGGGAAAUAGGAACUCCUUUGAGAUGGAGAAAGCGCGUCGCAAGGAGUCCAUGGUGCAUAAGAAGAAGCUUAGCAAAGCCGAAGAAGAAAUGGAAAUGGCCAUGGAAGAGGUCAAGCGGCUCAACCAGAUGAUUGAGAAAGAAGAUGCACGACGAACCGGCUCGCAGACUUCUUCUGGGGCGAUCCCUGUCAGUGUCGGGUCGGUGCAUCAGGAAUCUAGAGAUUCAAAGAGCGCAGCCGAGGCUUCGGAGAGGCUUGCCGACGCAUUCAAGCGCAACGCGGACGAGUUGGACAUCCAAAACGAGUCUCUCGAAAAGCACAUAGCCGCUCGCAGAGAGCAGCAUUCCCUCGAGCUCUCGCCUAGGGAUUUUGCCAAGGAGGCGAGAUCUAGCGAUUCAGCAUCUAGCGGGAACGACAUUAUCCACACGCCAUUAACGCCGCAUUCGCCCAUGACUACGUCCAGUCAAGAGCCAUCACCAACGCACAAUACGACAGCUCAGUUUACGCAUUUUAGUCAAAUCGCCCCCCCCUUGCGGGAAGAAGCCGAGAGCGUUACGGACGGGCCUCGCAAGCCGGCCCCACUGACUCUGCACAAUGCGACAAUCACCGUUCUGGACGAGCCAGGCGACAAGGGACGGAUGAAAGCAAGGCCUACCUGGGACUACCUAGUGCAGAUCGAGCCGGCAACGUCGGACUACCCGGGGUGGAUGAUUAUCAGGAAGUACACGGACUUUGAGCGGCUCCACGAGGUGCUAAGACGAAUCGCUGCCAUCACCGGAGCCAGCGCCUUCACAGAGCAGCAUAACGCGCUGCCCUCGUGGAAAGUCCACACGCGGUCGUCUCUGCGAGGCGAGCUGGAACGAUAUGUCCGGGACGCGUGUUGGUACCAGAGCCUAGCAGAAAGCGAGGGGAUGAAACGGUUUUUGGAAAGGGACCAAGCCAACAUGCCGGCCGGUUCGAAAAUGGGGUUCCAGGCAAUUGAGAAGCUCGGCAAGAAUGUCUUUGACGUGCUGACGAGCGCCCCCAUGGAAGGCUCGAAAGCCGUCGUCGGCGGCGUAACGGGCAUGCUGGGGAACAUUGGCCUAGUCCCGCGCAAGGCACCCGCCUCUGUCGUCGCUCUUCCGCCAACGCCCUCAACCUUGCAAGACGUGACUGCGGCUAGUCGCCUCUCCAUGUCGACCCUGCCACGGGCGGACAGCACCACAUCCAUCAAUGGGUCCCGCAGAGCACGAGACAGCAUGGACAGUCAGCAGUCGUCGGUCGUCGCCAUGCAGCCUACCAAAAUCGCGCCCAUGGAGCGUCGUCCCAGCUACGAUUCCCGCGGCGAGGCUGAGACUGAGAGCGUGCGCCUGUCACGAAACUCGGCCAGGAACAGUCGCGAACAUAGCCGGGCGUCAAGCUUGGCGCCGGCCCGAUCACCUUCGGCUCUAAGCCUGGAGGGGUUCAGGCUUCCGCCGCCGCCGGACACGAUGCCCGACGACUACCAGUCCCCCACCAGCCCGGCCCUUGGCAGAUCGCACGAAUUUCAGUCGCACUCGCGCUCGCUCACGAUGCCGGCCCUCAGCGGGCAACGCAACAACGGCGCCCAAUCAAGGUCUGCCAAGCAAUUCUCCAGGCUGUCGGAGCAGGAGACGCGAGUGGCCGUCGAGCUUCUCUUCGCCGUUAUCAACGAGUUGUACACUCUGUCGUCGGCAUGGAACAUCCGACGCACUCUGCUUGCGGCAGCCAAGUCGUUUCUGCUGCGGCCGGGGAAUCCUUCGCUCCUCUCGAUCCAGAAUCUGAUCCAGUCGUCGGUUAUCGAUGCCAACGUGGCGGACAGCGCCCUCGCGGCGCACUUCAAGAAGCUCCGGGAGAACGUGCUGCCGACGGAGCAAGAGCGGGCUGCAUGGCCGGCGGAAAUGAGCAGCGACGAUAAGGAGAAGCUACGGGUCAAAGCAAGGAAGCUGCUGAUCGAGAGCGGUGUGCCGGCGGCGCUAAUGGGAGUCAUGGGCCAGGCGGCCACUUCUGAUGCUCUGGGUCGGCUCUUUGACUGCCUGCAGGUCGAGGAGGUGGCCAGGGGUCUGAUGUUUGGCAUCAUGCUGCAGGCGGUGAGGACGAUUACGCAUUGAUGCGGAGAGCAACCAUGAAAUACAACGAACGCCUAUAAUCAUUACACGUCAUGACGGGGUAUGCGAGCGUUUGCCGUUUUGUUUUGGUCUGUAUGUAUGAAUAUAUAUCGGUCGGUGCAUUGGCGCGGCGGUGGCCGAGGUGGCCCUCCCACCUAUCUAUAUUUCCAGUGGCGCAGAAAGAAGGGAGACGUGAGAGGGAAAACAGCGUUGACGGCGAUCAAGGUGUUUGCCCUUCUGCUUCUCUCGCAGAAAGACUGGGCUUGGCCGAGUCUGGCUUCGGUGUUUCUCUAGUACAUGUAAUAAACCAGGCGGGAAGAAAGGGUUUCUAUAUGAAGUAUUUAUUGAGACGAUAGGGAUUAUAGAAUUCUGCAAUGCAGCCGAAUCCACGCCGUAGGUGUUGGACGCCGUCUCUCAUGACUUGGGGGCC